AUGUCGUCUUCUCCAUUGCUGACUCACCACAGAGCAACAAACGAAAAUAAUGACGACGGACACGACCAGAUCGGCUCCACCAGCUCCACGCCACCCGGUGCCACGACACCCAAGCCCGAUCCUACGGACAAACGACUGCCGGGUAUUCUACAUAGUUACUUUGGUCAGGUUCGUGAUUCUCUUAUGCCCUCGCGGAAGUCAUUGUCAGCGGCAAGCCCCUCCCCCGCACCCGUCACUUCUUCUGCACAGAACCAUCUCGAGCCUGCACCGUCGGAACCCCAAGAAAAAGAGCAAAAAGAGUCAUCUACUCAACCCAAAAUGCUGCCUAGCCCCACCCCUAGUGCCUCUUCCCGAACUCCCUCAGCCUCACAGUUGGCUGGUGAAACGGAGAAGCUAACGCAAGGCGACUUUGCGCCGUUGCAACAGGCUACCCCUCCUCAGACUCCCCGUACACGCUCGCAAGAAACCAAGCCACAGCCUUCGAACCUGUCUCGCACUUCCAAUGCGUCAGACCAGUCCAAGGAAAGCAAGACGGCUCCCGUCGUUGCCCCAAAAGGCAAGCUCGCAGUCACAAUCUCUGAAGGAAGGGGUCUUGUUCCCAGUGUAGAUCCCUAUGUUGUCUGCCAAUUCCAAUGGGCCGAGUACAUCUCAGAUGGCCCCAGGCACGAUGACUCGAAGAAGGGCCGCCCACCCAUGCAGAUGAAGCGAACAGAGAGCCAAAUGAACCACCCAAUGGCUAUCCCAAUGAAGAGCCGACAGAGCAGCAACAGUGGUCAUAGCUCAGACCCCAGGGACAAUGGCUCUCUCGAGGAAGUCACCGCCCCCAAGUGGGAACAUGAAGCAAUUUUUGAUGUUGUUGGAGACCAUGCGGAGGUCGACGUCUCAGUCUACGAUCGCGCCAACGGCGAGGCUUUCCUUGGCCAUGUUCGCUUCUGCCCAAACCUUGUUGAAUAUAACGAGCCCUACGAUGGCUGGUUCCCACUGGAGCCUCGAGAAGGCGAAGGUGGUGUUGUUACUGGAGAAAUCCAUUUGAAACUCAAUUUCCAGAAGGUCGAAAAGAAGCACUACGGCCCAGAAGAUUUCGAAAUCCUCAAGCUCAUUGGAAAGGGUACCUUUGGCCAGGUCUUCCAAGUCCGCAAGCGAGACACUCGCCGAAUUUACGCAAUGAAGGUCCUCUCAAAGAAGGUUAUUGUACAGAAGAAGGAGGUGGCACACACACUUGGAGAACGCAACAUCCUUGUCCGGACAGCUAUGGCCGAUUCGGCCUUCAUUGUCGGUCUCAAAUUCUCUUUCCAGACUCCUUCAGAUCUGUACUUUGUAACCGACUACAUGUCUGGAGGUGAGCUCUUCUGGCAUCUCCAGAGAGAAGGUCGUUUCCAGGAAGCACGUGCCAAGUUCUACAUUGCAGAGCUCAUCCUCGCACUGCAACAUCUCCACGAACACAACAUUGUGUACCGAGACCUCAAGCCUGAGAACAUCCUUUUGGAUGCAAACGGUCAUAUCGCACUCUGCGAUUUUGGUCUGUCCAAGGCCAACCUCACCGAGAACGCCACGACCAACACAUUCUGCGGUACUACCGAAUACCUUGCUCCCGAGGUCCUCUUGGAUGAGCACGGUUACACUAAAAUGGUUGACUUCUGGUCUCUCGGUGUGCUAGUUUUCGAAAUGUGUUGUGGCUGGAGUCCAUUCUACGCAGAAGACACCCAGCAAAUGUACAAGAACAUUGCUUUCGGAAAAGUCAGGUUCCCUCGCGACGCCCUCAGCACAGAAGGUAGGAAUUUCGUCAAGGGACUUCUCAACAGGAACCCCAAGCACAGACUUGGCGCUACACGCGAUGCAGAAGAGUUGAAAGAUCAUCCCUUCUUUGCCGAUAUCGACUGGGACGCUCUGGCCAAGAAAAAUGUUGUGCCUCCGUUCAAGCCCAAACUCAAGGGAGAGCUUGACGUCUCCAACUUUGAUCCCGAGUUCACCAACGCUCUCAACGGCGCUGGUUCCUUGAAUGCACGUGCUGCCGCUCUGGCUUCAGGUGUCAACUCGGCAUCCACGCCACUCUCACCGACGAUGCAAGCCAACUUUGCCGGUUUUACUUUCACCGACCAGAGCACAAUGGAGCAACAAUUUGGCCAUGAUAGACACAGGAGCGAAGGUAUGGAACGUAUGGAUGAAGAUGAUACGGAUGAUGUCAACUGGGACAGGCCAGCGGGGCGUGGCGAUAGGAUGUCUGGCGUUGUUGCCAGCAACGAGCACGAUGUCUUCAACCACGGCCAAUUUGAUGUCUGA